GACAUCAAAAGGCGAGCCCGAACACAGGCGUAACCUAAGCAAAUACUGUGGGCUUCAUAUACGCUACGAAAGCAUUGUCUUAUACACACAUGCCUGGGUUCGAUUUGCUGUAUGCUAGGGUGCUCGGUGCUCUUGGAAGAGGCCUUACUCCCGGGGCAGUGAUAUAGUACUUGUGAUAGUUCGAGUAUUUCGCCAGCUUGUUACUACGACCGGGGUCCGCUGUCUGGCGCUUGCUGCCACGCCCAAGCAGCCGGCAAGUGUCUCGGAUUUCGUAUAUUUGUGUCACUACAAUAUGCUUAUGAUGUGGCUCAGGCCCAGCGGCCUUUUUGCGACGACCUACUAAAGGCGGGGGCUGACGAAACAGCCCCGGUUUGUGGCGGCCACACUUGUUGGCUAUGAACCUGUAAUAUUUAGCUUGACACGGCUUCCAUGGCCGGGGUCGGGGCACCAACUGGCAGCGUCUUUGGGGCGCUGGCGUCUAUCGCUUUGCCAGCUGAGGGGCAUGACCAGGCUGCGCGGCUGCGGCGGGGAGUUGCCUUGUGGUUGGCGAGUACUCCAUAUCCAGCGCUCGGUCCGUGCCACGCACCCCUGCUCGCUUCGGCACACUUUCUGUCAGCGCACAACGUCGAGGGAGUCAGGCAACUCCUGCUCUCGCCCGAAAGCCGCGGAGUGUUCGUCGUCGCGACGGCGGCAGUGUCCGGGGAGCCUCGCGAAGUCGUGUGGCUGGAUGAGCUGGCGCUGCGGCGCGCCGCAGCGGCAGUCAGCGCCUCUGCAGCGGCGGCCAGCAGUGCCGCCGCCGCGUCGGGCGCCGGUUACGGUGUUGGGGGGCCUGGCGGCGCGGUGGGCAUGGGUAUCGGACUCAUGCCUGACCCGUCUAACUUCAACCGCAGUAGCGUCGGAAGCCUGGGCUCUUCCAGCGUGCCUGGCGGGGGCCCGUUGCAGCCAAUUCUGGCCGGUGACCAUUCGGUCGGCAUGGCGCCGGUUGGGCACCCGCCCUCGCCAUGGGACGCGGCGGCAGCUGCCAGCGUGUCUGCCAGCAAUCAGCAGGUGAUCACAUCAACCUUCUCUUCGCUGAGCUUGGGCGGCCGCGUCGGCGGCGGCUUGCCAGGCGUUGGCAUGGACGUCAACCUGGGUUUGCAGCAGGCGGCGCUGCUGCGGCAACAACAAGUGCUGGCGCAUCAGCAGCAGCUACAGCAACAGCAGCAGCAGUACAGGAUGCUACAGCAACAGCAAGCGGCAAUGGGCGCUCCUUUUAUGGGGAACGCCUUCAGUGCCAUGGCUCAAGGCGGCGGCGGCGGGGUCGCCGGCCUUGCCUUCCUGGAAGGAACCCCUGCUAACAACACCACAGGCGCCCUGCAGCGGCGGCUAACAGCGAGCAGCGAUGCGGGCAGCAUGACGGCGUCGGCGGUCCCUGGCUUCGGCGGGGCUGGCUUUGGCGGCCACCUGUCGGCGGCGAUGGGUAUGGUGGGGCCGCAUGCCGCCGGCCUUGGAGUGAUGGCAGGAGUGGGAGCCUCCCCUGCUGCGGCAGUGUCAGGCAUCUCUAGCGGCAUGCUCCUCAGCGCUAGCGAGGACGCGGGCGCCGGCUUCAGCAGUGGCAGCGCGGCUGCCGCCGCCGCGGCAGCGGCAGCCACGGCGGCGGGCAGCAUGCUAGCGCAGCUGGUGCUGUCUGCAGUGGCGUCUGCGUGGCCGGGGACCACGGCCCUGGCGCGGCUGAAGCGGCGUGCAGCUCUGGCGCUGGCGGUGGCGCAGGAGGGCCCGGAGGGGCCGCACUCCAUGCUAGCGAGUGCCCUGGGUGACGUCCUACACCGGUACGAGCCGGACGCGGUGGCGGAGCUGCGCCACCCAGUCACCAAGACCCUGCGCGUCAAGCAACUGCUGCACGAGGGCGGGCCCGGCGACCUGCCGCCCUUCACCUCCUCUGGGAGCGACAUCUCCGCCGGCGGCCUGCUGGCAUCCACGUCCACAGUCGCGGGCGCGGGCGCAACAAGCGCCGUUGUCUCAGGUACAGGCUUUGGCUCUGGGUUGUUGGGCAGCGGUCCAGAGGCACUGGCGGCGGCAGCGGCGACCGCAGCUGGCGGAGCUGCCGCGACAGCGCCGGCAUAUGCAGCCGCGGAUGCGGCUAUGCUGGGCCAGGCGGCGGCAGACGCAGGCCCAAGUGGCACUGAGGCGCUCGGCCCACGGUUUGCGCCCUCACCCAGCUCGGAGGUUGCCGCCAAGCGGGCGGGCAGCGGCGGGUCGAACGGCGAUGGAGCUGCCGCCAUCGCUAACGCAGCCGCCGCCGCAGUGCUCGCCGACGCCACGCUGGACGCGCCCACAGCCUCGCCCGCCACAGUGGACAGCGCUGCGGCGCUGGAGUCCGCCCCCGAUGGCGCUGCUGACGGCGCCGCGGCGGUGACGGCCGCAGCCACGCAGAACGCGCCGUCGCCGGGCUUGCUGCGUGUCGUGAAGGGCAAGUACGACAUUGUCGUCACCCUAGACUUCAGCAGCCUCAUGCAGGUGUACGGCGGCGAGCUGCCGUACGAGCAGAAUACCCUGGGCCCCGCCGCCCGCCUGCGUGCGCUACCCUCCGCCGCCUCCUUGCUGGCGUCGCAGCUGUCGCAGCCCGACCCCUUCGGCGGCGGCAGCUCCGGCGGGCUGGUCGGUGCCUCGGCCAACAGUGAUUUGCUGGGCGACGCCCGGUCCGAGGCCACCGCAGGCGCCGACGCGUCUGGCGGCAGCGGCGGCGCUGGGUCGCACCCGGCGGGCGGCGAGGGCAUCACGGAGCUAGCGCUGCGCGCCUUCCCCGGCUGCACGCCGGCGGCGCAACUGCGCCGCGCCAUUGUUGUGCACCUGGCGGGGCUGCCGCGCCGCUCGCAGCAGUGGACGCACCUGGGCACCUUUGUGGCCACUGCGCAGUCAGCGCUGUGGCUCAACCCCGCAAACAGGUGGCCCAAGCUCAAGGCGUUCGUGAUGCACGCCGACUCGCGCGGCGUGUUUCUGGACGUGCAGCUGCCGGGGCCGGCGGGCCCAGUGGGUGCCGGCGGCCUGGUUGCUCUGGACCCAGCCGCACUGCGCCGUGCCGCCGCCGCCGGCCUGGCCACCGCCAUCGCCGCCUGCUGGCCGGGCCACGCGCCGCUGGAGCGUAUCCGCCGCGCCGCCGCCUUCACGCUGGCCUUCGCCGUACGCGGCCCCGCAGGCCCCUACACCAUGCUGGGCAGCGCCCUGGGCACCGCCAUCCGCAAGCGCGACAAGGAAGCCUUCGACGCCCUGGCCGGCAUGGGCAAGCUGUCCGACCUGCUGGACGACUCGGCCGCAGCCAACACCGCCGCAGUCGCCGCCGCCGGCACCCCCGCGACGCCAAGCGCCGCCAACAGCGCGACAGGCGGCACUGCCGACGCCUCCGUCGCGGCUGCGCCGGCCGGGCCGGGCCUGCACCCCGACGCGCCUGCCACGGACGCGGAUGCCGGGGGGGCAGCCGCUGACGUGCUCCAGGACGCGACGGUGCUGGGAGAGUCCGCUGGCGCCGCUCUGUCGAGCGCCUCUGUCGCUGCUCCCGGAUCCACGAGCGGCAAGGGAGGCUAUAUCAUUAGCUUCAAGAAAGACCAGGACGGCUACAUGCGACUGCGCCUGGAGGCUCUGCUGCAGGACUGGCCACGUGACGAGCGGUCGUAUCCCUUGCCCGGCCUCGGGCUGCCUGGCAUGCACCUCGGCGCCGGCGCCUUCGGCGGCAUCCCCGGCCUGGGCCCCGGCGGCAACGGCGGCAGUGGCGGCUUCCUUGGUGGCAUGGCCGGCCUGGGAGGCGGCAGUGGCGGCGCCGGGGCACUCGGCAUCGACGCUGCUGACUUCGUGGGCAGCAGUGGCGGCGGCGGUGCCGGCGGUGUGUUCGGUUUCGGGUCGCUGAUGGGCGCGGACGGCGGCGGCCCCACCGUGGCCGUCGUUAGCGGCUCUGGCAUCAGUGGGCUGGGCCUUGGGCGCCUGGACGGCGGCGGCGGCGCAGUCGCCGCCGCAGCCGGAGGCCUGGCCGCCGCCGGAGGCGGGCUCGGCAUGGGCCUGGGCUUGGGCUUGAGCGCCGCCGACAUCGGCAGCAGCCCUCCACUAGAGCAGGAGCUGGCGAGGCGCUUCCCGCUGCCCGCGGGCGCGCACGUGGGGAGCGAGGUGGCGACCAUUGCCGCAGCCAAGCGCUGCAUCGCGCGGCUGCUGGCAUGGGCGCCGCCGCCGCACCAGCUGACGUUUGCUAAGCUGGGCGCGCAGGUGCCCAAGCUGUUGGGCGGCGCCCGCAUCGGCCGCAACCUGCGGCUGCUGUGUCUGGAGGAGCCUGAGGUGUUCGCGGUGCAGAGCCAGAGCCCCACCGUGCAUGUGGUUCGGCUCAUCUGUCCGCGGCUGCUGCAGCUUUCGAGGGAGCAGGCGGAACGCAAGGCGCAAGGGGUUCCGCAGCCUGGCCUGGAGCAGCAGUUUGCGGCAGGCUCGGGGCUUGGGCAGCCGGGCGGAACGCAGCCGCAGGCGCCCGACCCGCAGCUGGACGCGCCCACCAUGCUGCAGCAUUUGCAAGGCCAGUUGCAGCAGCUUCAGCAGCUGCAGCAGCAGCAGCAGCAGCACGCUGGAAUGGACGUGUCUCAGCAGCAGCAUGCGCGUAUGGCUGGGCUUCAGCAGCCCGCCCCGCCCCGCAUGCUACAGGCCCCAGUGGGGCUGGCGGUCAACCCUAGCGGCAGUGGCGAGCGUGGCUGGGACGCGUCGGCAGAGCUGCAGCGCCAGCAGCAGCAGCAGCAGCAGCAGCAGCAGCAGCGGCAGCAGCAGCAGCAAUCCUCCCGACUGUACGACUCAGGGGGAUCAAACGUGGGCUCAAGCAUUGCCCUCGCCCGCCUCUCCACCGCCAGUAAUGGCAUGUCUUCAGGUGGCACUGCGCAGGUGCAGUCGCAGAAGCAACAGCAGCAGCGACAGCAGCAACCGGGCCUCACGCACGGUGCAGCCGGCUCCAGCAACCUGCAGGGCUUUGCCACAACUGCGCUGCUGUCGGAGCAGGCCCUGCAGCAGCAACAGCACCAGCAGCAGCUGCACCAGCACCAGCAGCUGCAGCUACACCAGCAACACUGCAGCGCCGCUGGCAGGCCCACCAGCACGCUGCCUCCGCCGCCUCCGCCGCCGGUGUCGCUGCUGCCCUCGUGCAACAUUCACGUUAUCACCGACCCCUACUCAGCCGACUACAUGUCGAUCCUGCAGCACUGCCACGCCUGCCCCCAGGUCGGCGUCUCGGUCCAGGUGUUUGACGGCCGGCCGGCGCUUGUGGCGUUGUACGCGCCGGCGGCGCUGGCGGGCCCAGGAGGCGGCGGGGGCGCUGCGGGCGGCUGGCCGGCGGCUGUGUACGUCCUGGACUGCGUGGCCAGUGCGGCCGGCGAGGGACCCGAGGCGGUGGUGGGCUCUCUGCUGGGCAGCCUGCGGGGGCUGCUGGAGGAGCCGGGUGUGGCCAAGGUGGUGCACGGCUGCGAGCAGGUCCGGGCUCUGGAGCGGGUGGUUGGCGUGGCCAUCGCGCCGCUGUUGGACACACGCAUCCUGCUUGACGCAGUUGCCACCAUGCUGCCGCCCUUGCCAUCGCCGCCCUCGGCCGCCGCCGUGGCGGCGGCGGCCUCGCCCGCCGGCGGCGCGCUGCCGGCCGGCAGCUUCACCGCCGCCGAGGUGGCGGCUGUGGCACAGCUGGCGGCGCAUGUGUCUGGCCUGCGGUCGGCCCUUCAGCUUGUGGAGCUGUGGGCGGACCGGCCUGAACUGGUGGUGGCGCUGGCGGGACUGCACUGGGCCGCGCACCGGACCGAGCUAUGGGCAGCGGCGGGGCGCGAUAGCUGCUGGGUGUCGCGGCCGCUGACGGAGGCGCAGGUGACGGUGGCGGCGCAGGGCGUCAGCAGCCUGCCUGAGCUGUGGGCGGCACUGAGCGAGGCAGUGCCCUGGCUUGCCGCUCACGCCGCCCUCAGGUUCAUGCAGCAGCUGCGUGCAAACGCCUGAUGCAGCUGCAGCAGCACCAGCAGCAGCGGCGGCGGCGGCGGCGGCGACAGCAAAGUAGACACACGCUAGGUGAAGGAGAGACGGGAAGGGACAGGCGCGACCGGGGCGGUGCACUGGCUCAAAGUAAUCGAUUGGGGGGGGGGGUGGCACCCUGUGGUUGUGGCGCUGCGUGUGGGUGUGGGACGGCUGCGCAUAGCGCAGCCUGCGCUUAUGUGCAA